AUGUCGGCCAGUCCAUAUGGUACCUUGGCCAGCCAUGACACCAAAACAUCGGCUGGUCCAUAUGGUGCCUCAGCCAGCCAUGAUACCAAAACAUCAGCCAGUCCCUAUGGUGCCUCGGCCAGCCAUGACACCAAAAUGUUGGCCGGUCCACUGUAUGGUACCUCGGCCAGCCAUGACACCAAAACAUUGGCCAGUCCCUAUGGUGCCUCGGCCAGCCAUGACACCAAAAUGUUGGCCGGUCUACUGUAUGGUACCUUGGCCAGCCAUGACACCAAAACAUCGGCCGGUCCACUGUAUGGUACCUCAGCCAGCCAUGACACCAAAAUGUCGGCCGGUCCACUGUAUGGUACCUUGGCCAGCCAUGACACCAAAACAUCGGCCAGUCCAUAUGGUACCUUGGCCAGCCAUGACACCAAAACAUCAGCCGGUCCAUAUGGUACCUCACCAGCCAUGACACCAAAACAUCGGCCGGUCCAUAUGCUCCCUUGGCCAGCCAUGACACCAAAACAUCAACCAGUAUGA